GUCACUUUCUAAUUUCAUCCCCCCCCCCACCUCGGCAACAUCACAGGAGCCAUGAUGGCACCCCUAGGCCUUUUAGGUUAGCGGCCGACAGCGACAGCAACAAGCAAGCGAGCGAGCAAGCAGCCGUCCGGCUUCCUUGUGGCCGCGCAGCGAAAAGAACAGAGGGCGAACCGCAGAGGGGAACGAGGAGGACGCGGGGAGAGCAAAUGACGGCGGCGCAGCGGUUCGGCAUGGCCUCGGAGCUGCGCUUGGAGGCGGGCGAGGAGGCGGGCAGCAACACGGACAGCAGGCCCACGUCUGACCGGGUCGUGGACUUGAUCAACCAGGCUUCACUCACAACAAAUGAAUCUCAAAAGUUGCUCCUGCUGAAACAGGUUCAGGAACUGAUUGUCAACAAGGAACCAGCCCUCCUGGAUAACUUCCUCGAUGAAAUGAUCGCGUUUCAAAAUGACAGACUAUUGGAAAUUCGUAAAUUUAUCAUUGGCUUCAUGGAAGAGGCAUGUAAGAAGGACAACGAGCUGCUUCUGAAGCUGAUCGCGAACAUCAACAUGCUGCUGCACGACGAGAACGUGAACGUGGUGAAGCGCGCUAUCCUCAGCCUCACGCAGUUGUAUCGCGUCAUGCUGCAGUGGCUGGCGGGCCACCGCAAGGUAUCCGAGGAGCAGGAGGCGGUGUGGGAGAUGAUGAGUGCGAUGCGCAACGACAUCAUGCAGCUACUCGACUCUGAGAACGACGGAGUGCGCACUCACGCCAUCAAGUUCGUCGAGAUGCUCGUGGUGGCCAUGUCACCGCGCACGCAGGACUCGGAGGUCACCAAGCGGCAGGAGGGAGAGGCCUGCAUGGAGCGCAUCCCGCGCGACCACCCCCUGCUCAAGCAGAGUCAGCUGCGAGAAAUGGGCGAGGCGGCGCUGGAGCGGCUUCUCAGCUUCAUGGUGCACCCGGCCAUCUCCUCCAUCAACCUGACGGCUGCACUGGGCUCCCUGGCCACAAUCGCGCGCCAGCGUCCCGUCUUCAUGGCCCGCGUGGUACAGGCCUACGAGACGCUGCACGCCAAUUUGCCACCGACGCUUGCCAAGUCACAGGUGAGCAGCGUGCGGAAGAACCUCAAGCUGCACCUGCUGGGGCUGCUUAAACUUCCAUCGUCCAUCGAGUUCCACCCGCAGAUGAGCACCCUCCUCUAUGACCUGGGCACCAGCCCACAGGAGCUGCAGCGCAACAUGCCGAGCGCGCGCGAACUGCGAAGGCGCAUGCACCGCGACGACACGGAGCAGCACAGCAAGAAGAUGAAGAUGGAGACCAUGCAAGACGAAGACGACGACAAGGAAGCGGAGGCUGUGCCGGCGCCAAGACCCAAGGCGGCCCCGUUACCCAGCGUACUGUCUGCCAUCGACGUCACGGCGCAGCACAUCCUGCCCAUGCUCACCCCGGACAAAGUGGCCAACCUGGUGCUGGUGAGCAUGGUGCUCCUUCCGGACACGAUGCCAGCCUCCUUCCAGGCCACCUACACGCCCAUCGAGUCGGCUGGCACGCAUGCCCAGAUCCAGCACUUGGCUCGUCUCAUGGCCACGCAGAUCUCCAAUGCCGGGCUUGGACCAGGCGUGGAGAUGGAGAAGGAGAGGGAGAAGGAGCGUGAGCGAGAGAAGGAGAGGGAGAAGGAGCGAGAGAAGAAGGCGAACGAGGAGGAGGAGAACACCAAGAACUCGCUCAUCAAGCGCAAGGUGCAGGUCAUCUCCGUCAUGGCCACCGCCUACUCUGGUGCCGGUGGAGCCAUGACCGCGACGGAUGAGGGGGCGACUCCGACCCCGCGCCGCUUGCCCGAGCCCAUCAUCCCCGCACCGCAGACACGGCUUGCUGGCCCAGGCAUACGCAGGAAGGUAUUCCGCGUGGCUGACGUGCUGCAACCGCUGUCAAGCGAGGAGAUGGAGCGCAUGUCGCACGCCGCUGUGGGCCGCAUCCUCCAGGCGGACAGGACGUGCAUGCGCGGUGGCGCCGGCCACGUGCGCAAUCAGCUGCUGGCGCGGCUGGCGGCCCGGUUCGGCGGGGAGAUGCGGGCCCAGCUGCUGGAGUGCGUGCUGGCUGACAUGCGCACCCAGGGGGACCUGGCCUUCACGUGGCUCUUCCAGGAGUACGCCACCUACCUGGAAAGCGAGCAGCCCUCGGCGCUCGAGAACUACGACAACUGUCUCACGGGCCUGCUCAGCGGCCUGCUGGAGAAGGGCGACCAGCGGGACGGGCUGUUCUCCAGGAUCGUUCUGGAGGCCCCACGGAUGACAGGACGUGCGCUCGAGGUGUUGAGGAGGUACUGCGAGGAUGAGACCCGCGUGUACCUGGGCAUGUCGACGCUGCGGGAGCUGGUGCUGAAGCGGCCAUCGCAGAAGAUGCUCUACAUGCACGUGCUGCUUGAGCUGUGCUCCCACGACAAGGACAAGGUGCGCUCCCAGGCGCUGAUGUUCGUGAAGCGUCUCUACGAGAAGGAGGAGCUGCGCAACUGCAUCGAGACGUUCGCGCUCAACAUGCUGCAGUGUCUGGUGCACCCCAACCCGCCCUCCGUGUGCUUUGCCGACGACCGCGACACCGAGGUGGCUUCAUCAUGGACGGAUGACUCAAUCCGGCAGUGCCUCUAUGUGUACCUGUCGCUGCUGCCGCUCAACCACACACUCAUCCAUGAGCUGGCCGCCGUCUACACAGAAGCCAUCGCAGACAUCAAGCGCACCAUUCUGCGCAUCAUUGAGCAGCCCAUCCGUGGGAUGGGCAUGAACUCACCGGAGUUGCUGCUGCUGGUGGAGAGCUGUCCCAAGGGUGCCGAGACGCUGGUCACGCGCAGCCUGCAUAUCCUUACCGAGAAAGCUCCACCGUCCCCGGAGCUGGUGAAGCGCGUGCGGGACCUCUACCAAAAGCGCGUGUCGGACGUUCGCUUCCUCAUCCCGGUGCUCAACGGCCUUGAGAAGAAAGAGGUGAUCGCAGCACUGCCCAAGCUUAUCAAGCUGAACCCCAUUGUCGUGAAGGAGGUGUUCAACCGGUUGCUCGGCACCCAGCACGGCGAGGGUGGAGUGGCCAUGUCGCCUCUCACACCGGGAGAGUUGCUCGUGGCGCUGCACAACAUUGACACCACCAAAUGCGACAUGAAGUCAAUCAUCAAAGCCACCAGCCUGUGCUUUGCGGAGCGCUGGGUCUACAGCUCGGAGGUGCUGGCAGUGGUCAUGCAGCAGCUGAUGGAGCAGAACCCUCUGCCAGUGUUGCUCAUGCGCACCGUCAUCCAGUCGCUGUCCAUGUACCCACGCAUGGGCGCCUUCGUCAUGAACAUCCUGCAGAGGCUCAUCAUCAAGCAGGUGUGGAAGUACCCCAAGGUGUGGGAGGGCUUCAUUAAGUGCUGCCAGCGAACCAAGCCGCAGUCGUUUGGCGUGCUGCUGCAGCUGCCGCCCACGCAGCUCGCCGUCGUCUUCGACAAGUGUCCCGAGAUACGAGAGCCGCUGCUCAUGCACGUGCGCUCGCUCACCCUGCAGCAGCAAAACCACAUUUCCAAGUCGACGAUAGCCGUCCUAGAGAUGGGGCCCACAAUCAAGAUCGAGCAGGAAUCCGAGCACAUCCUACCAGCCCAGAGGGAGGCGCGCCGCGCGAUGGACACUCACGGCAUCCGUGACGACGGCUCCCUGCCGUGCUGGGCCACCCCGCACCGGCCAGACCUACACCCGCGAGUCAACGUGAACAUGCACCCCGCGCAACAUGCCCCGCAGCACGCCCAGCAGCACGCCCAGCAGCACGCCCACCCGCACCCCCACCUCCAGCACUUGCAGCCCAUGCAGCCCAUGCAGCACGUGAAGCUGGCGCAGCUGGCUCAAAUGCAGCCCGGUCACGCGCCAAUCCCUGGAGGACGCGCGGAACCGCCGCUCAGGCCGGCCGUGCACCUCGAGCCACGCCCCGAGAGCGCCGCGGGCGCACAGAGCCAGCCGGAGCCUGAGCACUCGCGAGCCAACAGCGCGGUCACAGUCGCCUCUGCUCCCGCCUCCGAAGCUAAGCCGUCGGCGGUGCUGGAAAGGGCAGAGGGAGCCGACACGUUGGCGACGGCCGGCGCGGGUGGGCGGUCGAUGGGCAAGGAGGACAAAGCGAAGGCGGAUGUAGAGGGGGACAGCGCGGGUUUGCGCCCGGAGGAGGUGAAGCCGGCGGCACGGGAAGGUGCGGCCGAGGUGCACGCAGCGCAGGGAAGCGGUGUGCCAUUCGCGCGUGUGAUGCCGGCGGGACCCUAGGUCGGCCAGACCCAGCCUCGGAUGCAGCCCAAGCCCCUGGCCCAGGCCAAGCCACACCCGUAGGUUUGGUUGUCUCAGACACCCAAAUCUAACCCCCGGAUCCAGAAACUCAAUUAAUUACGAUCACCCGAAAUGCAUACGUCCCAUCUUGUGAGAUCUUGGAAUCUAAGCACGGAUAAAUUAUUGCUUGGAUGGGGUGGGUGACCACCGUGGCAUGCCAGGUGUUCCCAGGAGAUGGCAGUGCCAAGUGGCUCCUUUUUGUGUGCAUGGGCUUUUCCCUGGAUUCUCUAAUAUCCUUUCCCAUGCAAAACUCAUGAAUGCUAUUCUUGGUUCUUUCGGGAAAGUCACGUAGAAGGGCACCAA